AUGACUUCCAACUCAUCCAGCCCUGCUGGCUACAUCUUUGGCAGAAAUACAAGGGCCAGCGUCCGCCUCAAUUAUCAGUAUUACUUGAUCAGCCAACUCACUGACCAUGAGCUUCUACAUCCUUCUACUAGGGAGAAAAUUGAUUUUUUGACCCCCGGCCGUAUCGCAGAUAUUGGCACCGGCACCGCAAUUUGGCCUGCGGAGCUGGCUCAGUCUCUGCCCGAUUGGCAAAUAGAUGGCUUCGAUAUCUCUGGAGAUCAGUAUCCUUUGGCACAUUGGUUGCCUUCAAACGUCACACUCCAUGAGCACGAUGCUUUCCAACCAUUCCCGGAAGAGUACUUGGGGAAAUACGAUAUCAUCAAUGUGCGAUUUCUCAUGACAUUGCUCAGUGGUCAGAAUCUGCAUCGGCUUUUGCAGAACGUCAUGUCUUUGCUCAAGCCUGGCGGUAUCUUUCAAUGGAUGGAUAUCGAUGCUCCUUCUGUGAAGGCUAUCGGACCCGACCCAACAAAGUUAGAGUCAACUUCGACUGUUGCGACUCUCAUGCAAACCAAUCCACCUGAUGCCGCUUCGUGGAUCACCCAUAAUUGCGAUAUGGUGAAGCCUGCUGGUUUUGAGCCUGUUUCUUGGGGUGAGUUUCGACUCAAGGAUAUACAUCGUCCUAUUUGGAACCAGUGUGUCAUGAUGGGCCUGGAAGAGAUGACUCAAGGCUUGGAGCAAAGCGGGGACCAGGCUCUUCUCGUAAAGGCAGAGGGGCUGCGGGUCCUACUGAAGAAUUUGUCAAUCGAGUUUGGUCAAGGAGCCAGUCUGGAUACGACAUGGUUUUAUCUCGUAGCACAGAAGCCUACCUACUAA